AUGUUCGGACCACAAUUGCCCGCUCCAGAACAGUCUGGGUUGCCCGGCUUCACAUUGCCGGUCAACUAUCUACCACAUCAAAUUUACCAUGACCUCCCACUUUGCUCACAUGCAUUACAUUAUCCUGACGCAUCCCUCAAGGUCCACAGAGAGAUCUUAAUGAUGCGUUUGAUGAACACCAUUACAGACAAGCCGGAGUGGGAUCAAAAGGUUUUCAAUGCGCAAAUAACCUCCAAAUGGUGCGAGGAAAUAGCCCAAGGGGGCGAGGAUAUUUCUCCAAGAAUGAUGGACUACAUCAUCAAGGAGCUACAAUGGAAAGCCAAACUAUUCGAAACUGACGGAUGCAUCAAUGUGUUUGACAUCGGCGUCAUCAAGUCAGACACUGCAAUCUCAGAAGAUUUACGAAAAGCCCUAGCGGACGCAGUUGCUCCUCUGGAGAAUGUUCCAGACGAUCAGAAAGAUUAUCAUCCUGGGUCCGAUCAAAAGGUCCUGGAUCUAGUGCAUCCGUCACUUUUCCCGCUCGUAUACGGGCAUACCCGAAUUCUACGUAACGAGUUAAUUGGUCUUGAUGAUUGUCUUGGUGCCACAGGACAGGGAGAAGUUAUUCCAGUUCCAUCAAUGGAGAAAAAGGAUGGCUGGAGAUUCCCAGACGAUGAUUUCUACAGUCGCAAGUUUCAAUGGCUUCCAUGUGACGUGAAACUGAGCUCCACAGAGCCAGAGCCCGAAUGCCGAAUUUCUUCCUACAUCAACAAUCUGCAUCCUACGCGCCAUCGUGACUUGUAUGGUAUCAUUGAGAAAGUCAUUACACGCGCUAUACCAUUGUGGAAUAGGAGCUUGAAUAAUCAGGGAAUUCAUUCUCACCGAAUCGAAUACACCUCUGUUGAAUAUGAUGAGGGUAAUCACCCAGAUCCAAAGCCUGAGCAAGGGUUUGACGAGGAUAAGGGCGAUUUCUGGAACAGAAUGGGUUCCUGGCAGGAUGUCAUGCCCAUUUUAAAGCCGGAGCCUGCAGAAUUCAAGAGCAAGCCCGACGAGAAAAUCCAGAUUUACGAUGUUUUUGGCAAGACUGGACUUCAGGUAAUUGUGAAGUUGGCCAAUAUCGAGCUGUCGCCUGAGUCGCCCGAGUACGAAGGAGGAUCCUGGCAUAUUGAAGGUCAAUUGAACGAACGUAUCUGCGCAACCGCUAUUUACUACUAUGACAGUGAGAACAUCACAGAAAGUACGCUUUCUUUCCGACAACGCAUAGAGGCAGGCGUCUUCGACGGCUUCGACUUCCACUAUCCUCAAAGUGAUCGCAGAUUUCUCCAAGAUAUCUACGGACUUGAUCCCGAUUUGAACAGCAGUUCCUUUCAUGACCAACGGGUUACACAGCACCUGGGAAGCGUCGUUUGUCGCCAAGGUCGGCUUCUUACCUUCCCAAAUGUAGUCCAGCACCGCGUGACUCCAUUCUCAUUGGCUGAUAAGUCAAAACCUGGUCAUCGUAAGAUCCUUGCAUUGUUUUUGGUUGAUCCCCAUCUACGGAUCAUUUCAACGGCGAAUGUUCCUCCGCAGCAAGAGGAUUGGGGUAAGGAGAAGUAUGAUCUGACCCAAGGGAUGCUUUCGCAGAAAGUUCCCCCUGAAUUGCGGAAUAUGAUUUGUGACGAGGGUAUCCUUCAGCAGCUGAUGAGUAUGGAUGAGGCGAAGAAGUUUCGAUUGGAGCUUAUGAAGGAGAGAAGUGUGAACUCUGGAAGGCAGAAUGAGGCGUUUGAGAAUUAUUCUUUUGGUCUUUGUGAGCACUAG